AUGGCAUCAGGUUACAGAUUCCAUGCCAACCGUGUUGGGGAAGACGACAACGCGACGGCGGUGUGGUGGGACAUCAACAGGUGUCCGGUUCCCCGUGAUUGUAACCCUUCGGAUGUCCGUCCGAAGAUAGAAUCAGCCUUGAACAAGUUAUGUGGUCCUGGUCCAGUCACCAUCUUUGCCAUGGGCGACCUACACCUCAUCCCUCGUGAAGAGCUCGAAGCGCUCUCUAACUCUCAAAUCCUCUUGAAACAGACUGAGUCGGGCUUAGAUGAGAUCUUUAUAGAUUUUCAUGUCUGGGCCAAAGAUCAUCCACCUCCCUCUAGGAUGAUGUUGAUCUCUGGUCCAGGGGUGAGUAUCCAUAGUUUUAUUCCCUCUUUUGAAAGAGACGGCUACACAUUUAUCAGAUGCUAUCCAUACAAGCAUGCCCCAUUUCUUUGGGAAAACAUAAUGGGUUCUUCUCUACCGGGAACACUUGAAGUUGAUGAUGAAACAAACACUCACCAGACAUGUGUAUGGUGGGAUAUCGAUAGCUGUCUUGUUCCCAAAGACUGUAACCCUUCUUCCAUACGUGGCCGCAUAAGAACGGCCUUGGACAACAUGUCUGUUAAUGGUCCACUCAACAUCUACUGCAUGGGCGACAUGAGAAACAUCCCUCGUAAAAUCAAGACAGCCAUCUCAUCCUCUGGUGUCUCUAUGAUACACCAUGACUUCGGCAUACAUCAGAUUUAUUCUCAAUUGCAUCGCUGGACCAUGGAUAAUCCACCGCCUGCUACGAUGAUGCUCAUAUCAAAUGAGGAGGUGACUUUUCAUGAGAAUCUCUAUGAGUUUGAAGCUCGUGGAUACAGAAUUAUUCGGUCAUAUCCAACCCAUGACAAAUCUUCUCAAGGCAUUCGCUGGGAAAGCAUAGUGAAAGAGAGAGAGGCUAUUAUGAUGGGUAGAGAGAGGGAGAAGAAGAAGAAGGAGGAGGAGGAGACAGGUGAACCUUCCUUGUAUUGUGAAGCUCCCUGGUAUUGCUCACUCUGCGAAUUUUCCAGCGAUGACUAUAUCUCAUUCUCGAAGCAUCUUGACAGUAAAGAUCAUAGGAUUGCGGUGAGAGGAUCAUUCCCGAUCACUGACAUGAACGACCUGGAGGAUCUGAAGGACCUGACCCUGAAGGACCCUGAAGGACCUGACGGAGGUGAACAAGGGUGA